CGGGCCUUCUAUGGAAGGAAUAAUAAUUGGACAAGUGUUGGUGGUUGGUGGCCUGGUCGGAGUUUCCUAUGAAAUAUAAUGCACUUGAAAAUGAAAUCCAAUUUUAGAAAUAAAAUACUUACGUCAAAUGAUUGUCACAAAUGACAAUGUUAGCCAACUUCAUGCCGUGUCGUCACCAGCAAUGCCACUCACGUUGCACAUCACACGCAUCGUGCUGCCACAACCAAAACUUACGGCAUUCUGUCGCCAUUCAGGUUAGUGUUCCCUCCGUGUCGACAUUAUGUUGCCCUCCCACUCCCUCUUCUAUGAGGUCACAAGGAACAUCUUACGAAGAUUUCUGUACGUCUGAAACUUGUAAAGAUUCUGAACUAAUAUGUGUCGAGACUCUACCACCACAUUAUCUAUUUGAUACAUUAAAUAAAAAAGGCAACGUGUGUAAGCCGUGUCAACAAGAAAAUGAUCUUGAAAACGGAGAAAAAUCGCAUAUAAAUCCACUUGCGGAUACCACAAAGAGUGACCCGAAGUUGAUUCAAUACAAGGACGCUGCUACUUCACCUCGUAUUUCAUUAUUGGUAGGUCCAAGUUUACCGACAUUAAAGAUUUACGAUCCAGAACCCCUAAAUGAAAAUUCUGAUAAUGCAGACAAAACAGAAUCUCAAUUGGAUACGAGAAAAGAUGCAAGUAUCCGUAGAGCUUACUCAUCCCAGGCCUGUACUUCAGAAUCAAAAAUCCGUCUUCCAGGUGAUUCAUACAAACAAUCCUAUAAUUCACUGAGUGAACGAAAAGGUAAUAACUCUAAACAGGCUCUUGAAAAUAAAUUUAGCACAAUAUCUUCUGGAAUUAAAAAAACACAUUGCCCUGCUAUAAAAAAAACGAUUAGUGAUCAGAUGAUACCAACGCCUAAGCCUAGCAUAUUGCAAGAAAAACGUUCUAGCCUGCCAGAUAAUAAAAUUAAGGAAAGUAUUGGGAUACCAUGUUCGAUGUGUACUUCUAAAAAAUGUACAAAGACGGAAUCGACGAAUUGCCAGUGUCGAUAUCCCCCAGCGUUCAGUCAGUUUGGAUGCAGUGGCAAGAUUGUGGGCAAUUGUGAAUGUGACAAGUAACAAUCUACGUUUUUUUAUUUAAAUUAACGUGAUUAAAUUCGGGGAUCCAA